AAAGGCAAAGGAAAACUUCCAAAGGAAAGAAUUGUUUGUGCAACGAAAAUGCCAUUGAUUCUCUUCUUCGCUUUGUCUCUCCUUGUACAAGGAAUAUUAGGUGGGGAUGUGAUAUGCGAGAAUUUGCCGACGAAGUUGUGCUCGUUCGCGAUCGCGUCGUCGGGGAAGAGGUGCGUGUUGGAGAACCACACGUGCAAGACGUCGGAGAUGGUGGUGGAGAGAAUGUCCGGAUACCUGGAGACUGAUGACUGCGUCAAGGCAUGCGGCGUCAAUCGCCGAUUCGUGGGAAUCUCGUCCGACGCCUUCUUUGUGCCGGACUUCGCCGCACGCCUCUGCUCCGAUUCUUGUUACCAGAAUUGCCCUAACAUUGUGGACCUCUAUUUCAACCUCGCUGCCGGCGAAGGUGUAUUUCUGCCAUCUCUCUGUGAGAAGCACAAGACAAAUCGUCGCCGUGCGUUGCUCUAGAUUUUGAGCAACGCUGGUGUCGUAGGUCCCUUUCUAAAAUCAUUUAUCAUCAUAAUUCUUUGAAUUUUUUAUACAUUCCCCUCUCCUCCCAUAAGACUUUUAAUCCAUUUUUAA